AUGCUUCCUGUAACGGCGUCUGCUAUCGCAGAAGAGACGGCAAAGGACCCGGUGUUUGCCCAACUCUCCCAUCACUUACUAGAAGGUCGUUCUGCUGGGGAAGACAAGCCGGAACUUCGUGCUUACUUACACCGUGAAAGUGAGCUGUCGAUUUCUCACGGCUGCAUUUUACUGGGAAUGCGUACGGUCAUUCCACCGAAGUACCGCAAGAGUAUCUUGGGUGUGCUGCACGAAGGGCAUCUAGGACUCACCAAAAUGAAGAUGCUCGCUAGAUCGUAUAUUUGGUGGCCUGGAUUGGACAACGACAUCGCAGCCAAAGUCAAAAGUUGUGAAUCUUGUGCCUCAACCGCGGAUGACAUUCAACCAGUCCCUCUACACCGUUGGGAACGCCCAGAGCAUCCUUGGACGAGACUGCAUGCCGAUUUUGCGGAGUACGACAAGAAACACUUUCUAGUGGUUAUAGAUGCUCAUAGCAAGUGGCCGGAAGUUGUCCAAGUACGCCGUCAGACUGUGACUGAUACCUUGAAGGCACCCCUGGCAGGUACCCUGCGGCAGGGUACCCCUGAACAGUUGGUGACCGAUAAUGGCCCACAGUUCACCAGUGCUGAUUUCAAAUCCUUCUUGGAGCUACGGGGAAUCCGUCACAUUCUCACACCACCCUAUCACCCCAAGCCCAACGGAUAA